UGCCUUCUUCAAUUGGCAUCCCAUUGCCGUCGCCGCUGCCAUUGCCACUCCUUCGUCGCUGCUGCAUCUGUUUGAUUUAAUCUGUAAUACGCUACCAAACAGAGCAUUAGCUACAAGGAUUGUAGAGAUGGAAUUCUGCCCCACUUGUGGGAUGCUGUUGAAGUAUGAGCUGCCACAUAUGAGUCGUCCUGCCAGAUUUUUCUGCCCUACAUGUCCAUAUGUUAUCCAAAUAGAGACCAAGGUCAAGAUCAAAAGAAAGCAACGUUUGGUUAAAAAAGAGAUAGAUCCUAUUAUCACGAAAGAUGACAUGAGUAAUGCGCCAAAAACAGAUCAAGCUCUUUGUUUCGUGCAGCGCACUGCCCGAAUUGUGGUCACAAUAAGGCUGCAUACAUCCAGUUUCAAACAAGGUCAGCUGAUGAACCGAUGACAAUAAACUUCACCUGUGAGAAAUGUGGUCACUGCUGGCGUGAGGACUAACUUCCCUUGCUGCAAAGUUUUCUUCUCUUGAAUACGCUUUUCUGUCGUUCAAAAUCAACUUCUUGGAAACCAGGUGGUCUUAUUACUUCAGCUAUAAGAAUAGUUGCCACAGAUCCUCACAGCUACAAGUGUAGCAUUCUCCUUGUUGCUGCUCUUUGCCCUUUUGGUCUUUACUUUGUUCUUUAGUCGAUGGGUGUUUCGGAUUUAGAAAUAUUUGGAACUUAUCAUUUGAAACAAUGGGAACAGACAAAAUGUUGUGUGAAUCGAAAACUCAGGAGACUUGGCCUGUUAAAAACGGUAGUGUUGUAGUAGUUCCAAGUCACUAAGAGUGUGUUUGGUAUGCGAACGGUACUGAACUGAUAGGAGGGUGGUAUGUUUUGGGAUU